AAAAAAAAAACAGAAAUGUUUGUACGCGAGCUUAUUCCCACUCACUAUCGCAGCUUCUCCUCCUCUUCCCAUCUCCCUCUUCUUCUUCGUCCCCGCCAACCCCGUCUCCCCUCCUCAUCUCUCCAUCUCCCUCCACCUCGCUCCUCUCCCUCUCCAUUAAUGGCGACGCAGCCCACGGCGGCGGCGGGGGAGGUGUACUCCGUGUGGGCGCUCCCCCCCGAGGACGUGCGCGGGCGCCUCAAGCGCCUCAUGGCCACGCUCCGCUCCGAGUUCGGGGGCCCCGCCUUCGACCCGCACAUCACCGUCGUCGGCGCCACCCGCCUCCACCCCGCCGCGGCCGUCGAGAUGCUCCGCUCCGCCGCCGCCGCGCUCUCCCCCGAUCCCUCCCCCGAGGUGGUGGAAGCGAGCGCGCACUGCUGUCGCCACUUCGGAUACCAGAGCUCGACUCCGUAUAUGCCUCAUCUGAGCCUUUUAUAUGGAGAUCUAACAGAUGAGGAGAAGGAGAGGGCGCGGCGGAGGGUCGAGGAGUUGGACAAGGAGAUUCGUGGGCUCAGCUUUCAAAUCUCUGAGCUUGCACUGUAUAAGACGGAUACCGAAGAUAAGAGCUUGGAGUCAUGGGAGAAAGUGGAGGUUUGCCACCUUGAGAAUAAAUAAGCACUUUGAUUCUAUCUCCCUUAAAGCUUUUAUAGUUCUUUUCUGUUGUUCAAUGUGGAAUUUCUUUUCUGUUGUUCAAUGUGGAAUUGAUCUUUGUGGCGUUACUUGUUUUGAGCUUUGCAAUGUAUCUCUCAGUAGACUUGGCAAUAAGAAAUUACCUGAAACUAUUAUCUUGCGCUGGA